AUGAAUUAAUAUACAUUUCCUGAUCUAGAUAAUUUUACUACACAAGAAGUAAUUGAUCUAAUUAAUGAUUAUUAUAAAUUCACUUCUGAUGAAAAAGUAUACUUUAUUCUCUAUAUUAAUUAGCAUUUUUUUUAUAUCUAUGAAAUUCCAAUCAUGUUUAAAGAAAUAAAUGAUCUUAUUUAGAAAUCUUAAUUUACCAAAUCCCUUUGGUUAUUUUUCUUUAAUUAUCUUGCUGUAUUUUCAGAAACUUUAAAAGGAAGAGAUCUACCCUUUUUCUAAUUUUAUGAUAUAGUAUGAUUAUAUUACAAUCAUUAGUAAUAAUUUGAUGUUAAAAAAAAUUUAAUCGAUUUGAGAAAUGAAACUGAUUCUAUUGUUUAAACUCAAACUAUGGAAGAAUCUAAAAAACAAAUCAUACUUGUUAAAUUGAUAAAAAAGUAUUUUCUAAUUAUAUUAUAUCAUGAAUUAAUAUAUUUGGUGGAUUAUUCCUAAAAUAAUUUGGAUUAAAUGAAAAUUAUAGUUAAUUAAUUGACUGAUGGUUUGGAAUAUGAAAUUAGAUUAAUUUAGAAAUUCAUAAAUUUAGAAGCUUCAUAAUAUUACUUUUAUUUUAUAUUAUCAUUUCUUUAAGGUUAAAAAAUAGAUACAAUAUAAUUAUCUUAAUAUGAUGAAAAAUAUUGUCAUGAUAGAAUAGUAUGGUUAAUAUUAAGUUUUGGAUUUGAUGAGAUUGAAAAGGAAUUCUAAAAAUAAAUAGAAAUAGAUAAUGAAAAUAUUUUAAAGUUUAAAAAGAAUUAAGCAUUAAAAGAAUUGAGAGAAUAAAGGGUUGCUUAAUUAUAACCAAAAAAAUUAAAUAGAGUUAAACUUUAAACACCUAAAUCGAAAAAGGAAAGAGAAUAAUAAAUUAAUUUAUUGAAUGAAAGAAUAUCUUAUUUAAAAGUAUUAAAUGGCAUAGGUGAUGAUGAUGAUAUUUUAACAUCAGAGUUAUUUUAAAUAAAAAUGAAAAAAUUAAAUUAAGAUUUAGAAACUGAAUUUAAAAAUUUAGAUCAAAUAAAAUAAAAUUAAUUACUAUAUCAAUCUAAUUAAAAUUAAUUAUUAAAGAAUGCAUCAUAAAUUUUAUAAGGAAAAUUUAAUUCUUAAUUGUUUUAAGGAUUAGGAUUAUAAAUUUAGACAAAUUCUAAAGAAGAGACCUUGAAAUAAUUAUAAUAACAAAAUUAUUAAUCAAUAGUAGAUCCAAUAAUGAGAUAAGAAGGAAAGAAACUGCCACCAGGUAAGUUUGUUUCAGUUUAAAAAGAUAAUCUGAUUGCAAUGAAAUAUGGAAUCAAGGUAAAUCAUCAUAAUAUAAGAUAUCAAGAGAUGCACUUUAUGAUUUGAGAAAUGGAAGAGUGAGAUCAGAGAUUAUAGACUUUUAUUUUAAGUUUUUAUAAGAAUUUUCUUAGUUUUGUAAUGAAAGGUAGGCAUUUAUGUAAAUUACAGAUUUUGAUAAUCUGAUAUUUGAAUAAAGAACUGGAUAAGAAGCUCCAUAAUAAAAAUAUGAGAAUUAUUUAUCUAAUUAUGAUUAUAUAUACUUUCCAAUUAAAUAAGGAUAGAUAGAUGAGUAUUCAUUAGGAGUAAUAGAUGUAUAGAAUUUAAUUAUUCGUCAUUAUUAUUUAUGUUAUUAAAAACCUAAAAUGCCAAUCAGUUCAUUGUAAUCAAUUUUAAGAUCUUGGCAAAUUUAAGAUUAUUAGCUUAUUGAUGAAGUUUAAUCAAGAGUUGAUAUGUAAAAUCGAUUUCUUUAGUUUUUAAUAUAUUGGAUUAGAAAGCAAUCUCAUUAUUAUAAAUUAGAGAAGAUAUCAAAUAUGAAACUUUGGAAAAUUAAAAUUGAAGAUAUUUAGACAGUCACUUAACCAUAGGAAACUGGAAUGUAUUUAUUAUGUGUAAUAACUAAUUUUUGUUUGAAGAAAAAAAAAGUAGAUGGUUUCUAAAAUAAAGAUGUUAUAAGAGAAAUAUUGGAAAAUGUUAUUUGUUCAACAGGACUUUAAGAAAAAUUAAAUGAUAAAACUGCUAUUGAUUAUUUUAAAAAAAGAAUUGAAGUUAUUUGA